AAAGGUCUCACUGGCUCUCACCUCAUUAAGGCCUUUUUAUUUUUUCAAGCACGACUCUCAUUCUGUAAUUUCUAUGCUUUCCGGCUCAGUUGCUGCCUUCACACACAAUCACAGUGAGCUUUUCAUGUCACUUGUGCCUCUGUCACCUUGUCUUUCAAUCCCUCCCUCCCAGACAGGGGAGGGGGGAGACAAAGGGAGAGGGAGUGAGCAGCUACUGCCGUCAAGGUGAAGGAGAUGGAGUCAAUGAGUGGACGAGAUAUAAACUGACAGGCUGGGAACAGAUUCACAUACGACACCAGGAGGAGUUGCAAAGAAAGAAAACACAAUAUAUUGAAAGCUGUUUACUUUUUGGAUUUGCGGCCUCAAGGGGAGAUAAUAUUUGCGAGAGCCUCCGUCCUCAUUCCUGUGAAUAUGGUGGACCUGUUUGUUGACCGGGUGCUGUUGAAGAACAACAAGGAGCAGGAUGAGCUGGACACAGAGAGAGAGAUCGUCAUGCGCCUGCAGAACCGCAUCCUGAUGCUCUUCUUUGCAUCUGCAGCAUGUGAGAGAUGCCAGCAGUUUACUCCCACGCUCAGCAACUUCUUCAAACGGUUGACGGAUGAAUUCUAUGUCGACCGAGCUGCUCAGCUUGUUCUCGUGUACAUAAGUUUGGACCAGACGGAGGAAGCGCAAGAAAGCUUCCUGAAAGAGCUGCCCAAGAGGUGCCUGUUCCUGGCCUACGAGGACCCCUACAGGAGAGAGCUGCAGGCCAUGUUUAAUGUGGAGGAGCUGCCCGCUGUGGUGGUGCUGCGCCCCGACUGCUCCAUCCUCAUCCCCAACGCAGCGGAGGAGAUUCUCUGCCUCGGACCAGAUUGCUACCGCAACUGGCAGGAGGCGGCGGAGAUCAUCGACAGGAACUUCCUGAUCAACGAGGACUUUGAAGUGAAGUCCAUGUGCAGCUGGAGUGACCCCAUGAGGAGACUGAAGUACAGGGUGGAGGAUGAGAAGAAGAAAAGCAAGAAAAAGCACCUUGACAGAGGGUGGGGUGGAGGUGGAGAAGAGGAUGUGAAUGGUAAGGAUGGAGGAGGUUCACCAUGGUGAUGGAGACCAAGAACAAAAAGACAAGAUUGGGGGUUUUGUUAAGUAUUAAUUAAAGGUUUUUUACUGACGCUGCCAACACAGUUUUGUUGAAUCCAACAAAACCCUUUUCACAGCUCAAUGUGAGAAAAAUACUGACAUUACUCAUCUUAACCAAGAGGUAGAAACAUCAAACCAAGGUCACUGACUGUUUCAGAGCUUAUUAAAUAAGAUGAGAAAUUGAUUAGUCGAUUGACAGAGAAAUAAACCACCAGCUCUUUUAAUAAUCAAAUAAGUGUGAGACACUUUUUAUGCAGAAAACGUGGUGAUCAGCCUCAUACUGUAGGUUUGCUCUUUUUCAUUCAAAAUCCUUAAUAUCUUUGGGUUUUGGUCUGACAACCCAUUUAAAGACAUCACCUAUGAGAAACUGAAAUCGACAUUUUACAGUAAUUUUGGACAUUUUAUUGAUGAUUAAUUGAUUAACUUUUU